AUGAGCAACAACGACGUUUCGCGGCCCUCUACGCAGCGCUUGCCGCCCGACCUCUCGGAGAGCCAAAAGGCCGAGAUUGCCGAGGCGUUUCACAUCCUGGACGUGGACGGGACAGAGACGAUCACGCCCAACGACCUCAAGGUGGUCCUUCGCGCCCUCGGGUACGAGCCGCAGAAGGACGUCAUCAAGAAGCUCGUGGCGGAGAUGGACAAGAGCGGUGUCUCGAGCAACCUCAUCCUGCCGGAGUUCGAGGCCAUUAUGAAGGAGAAGUUCUUCGCCGAGGACAGCGAGGAGGUGCAGCUCUCCUUUCGGCACUUCACGAGGGGCAACUCCGACUACAUCACCCUCGACGACCUCAAGCGCGUGGCGGAGGAGGUUGGAGAGGACGUGCCGGAGGAUGUCCUGAGGGCGAUGAUUGAGGAGGCCGACGUCGUCGACCACGACAACCGCGUGUCAAAGGAGGAGUUCCUCCGCAUGCUGCUGCCACCCAAAGAACGAUGA